AGAAGCACUGACCCUCAGAUGAUUCAAAAGAGGAAGGAAGAGAAAACUCCACAAUUUAAGUACAAAGAAGUCGUGAGAGGGAAAGAUAAACGCGCGAAGCUCAACGGAUACUUUUGUGCGGAUUGUGAAAAGUAUUAUGGAGGUCUGAAAUUGAGCGAAGAUGAGAUGAAAGAGCGUCUCAAGGCCUGCUCAAGACAUCGCGCCCGAUUCUCCCCUCCGCCCAGCACGCCUGACCAUUUUUGGGAGGUUGAUUUCAUGAACACGGACGAAUACAUCGAAAAAGGUUUCAUGAGAACGGAGUCUGAACUACCGGCCGGGAAACGGAAACUUAAAAGUCGGAGAUUGAAACUAGGAGAGAGGAAGAAAUAGAAAAUAUUUAAUCUUUUAAAAGUGUGAUACGAUAUGUGGACGUGUCUAUAUGAUAAGUUUAAUUAAUUAUGAAUUGUGUUUAUGAAUUUAUGUAAAAUUGAUAUUAAUUGCUAAAUUUGUGGAAAAAAAUCGCUGAUUUUUGUUCAAAUUAACGUUCCCAACAUUGAAAGACAUAUUGAGUGGCUAUAUACUGUCAAUUCUUUGAGAUCCCCUAACGUUAAAGCAUUUCAAUAUAUCAGACGAGGUUUCCGUCUUCGACGAGUUUCCCGUCUCUAAAUGAGUGACUAAAUCAAUCUGCACUUUAUUGCGUUCCAUUUUUUAUACGAAUCUAAAAAAUCAGGAUCCUAAAAAUCCAAGUAUAGAUUUACAAAAGGAACGCGACUUAGA